CUUUGUUUAAUUUACAGUUUGGUUGUUCGCUGGUUCGUUCAUUUUGCGACAACUGAUAACACAAGCUCUCCUCCUCCAACUCUUAAUUUCUUUCAUGUACAUGCUUUCAUUCCUAGCAUCUUUCUUCAUCAAUAUUUGGUUCAAUUUAGGUUGCUAGGUUUGUUGCUAGCAAGGAAAUAUUUGGUUGAUUGAGGAUGAAAAACCCAGAAUCUAGGCUGCCACCAGGAUUUAGGUUUCACCCUACAGAUGAAGAGCUCAUCCUUCACUACCUUAUAAAGAAGGUGGCCUCCACUCCCUUACCUGUUUCCAUCAUCGCUGAAGUUGAUAUCUACAAGUUUGAUCCAUGGGAAUUGCCAGCCAAAGCUGCGUUUGGUGAGAAAGAAUGGUACUUCUUCAGUCCAAGAGAUCGCAAGUAUCCGAAUGGUGCGAGGCCAAACAGGGCUGCCGCAUCAGGGUAUUGGAAGGCAACUGGAACAGAUAAGACGAUUGUGGCACCAUCAGGAGGGCGGCAGAAUGUUGGUGUGAAGAAGGCUCUUGUGUUCUACAAGGGGAGACCCCCCAAGGGAAUCAAGACCAACUGGAUCAUGCAUGAAUACCGCCUUCCAGAAAGCCCAAAUAACUACACCACCACCACCAACCACCACAGAGCCGUGAAGCUCAAUGAUUUAUCCAUGAGGUUGGAUGAUUGGGUUCUUUGUCGAAUCUACAAGAAGUCGAAUGUCGUGACCUCAGCAGCGGCACUGCCAAAUGAUCAAGACCAAGACGUUCAAGGAGAAGAAGAUUUCCUCCACGAUAUCCUUUUACCAAGCUUGAAAAGUCCCUUUCCCAGCCUUGAUCACAACAUGAUGAGUACUAGUACUACGAGCAGUCUCAAGCCUCAGAAAUCUUGUUCCUUCUCCAACUUACUAGACGCCAUGGACUACUCAUUACUCACUAGUAUUCUGGCGGAUGGCCAGUACUAUAUCCCAACUGGAACUGGACUUCAAUCAACUACUCCUAAUAAGUUUAGUUAUAGCUGUACAGGGAGUACUAGUACUGGAUUAGACCCGCAACCGCUGUUCAAUACCAAUAUCAGCAGUAACAGAAGUCAUUUGUUUCAAACUCUCCCUCAGUACAACUGUUUGAACUUGCCAUCAUCAGCCCCAAACACGGAAAACCGGCUAAAGCGCCAGCAUUCCAUCACAGAUGAUCGUGGCAUGUUAUUAUAUCCAUCGAAGAAAGACGUAAAUUCCAAUUGCAGUUUCACUAACACCGCCAAUUCAUUCUUGAAUCAGCAAUUACUUCUGAGUAAUCCUCGUUUUCAUUUUCAAGAAUAAAACCAUAUAAAAGAAAGAAGGAAAGAAAAGAAAAAUUACGGAAGGUCGGACCUGCCAAGCCUUGGUCAAGCUGUUUCGUAUGGAUCAUAAGUUCAUAACAAAAGAUGGCAAAAAUUUAAGUACUGAAAGGAGUUUGAUUAUUUUUAUAUACAAUCUGGCAAUCUGGAAUGGCAUGCAUGAUGCAUGGGAGAUUGACCCUCGAAAACAAUACAAUGUUAAUUGACAUGGGUACAAUUGGCAAAUCAGAUUUACUACUUGGUAUGGAUUAUGAACAUGAGAAUUGAUCUUGAGUUCUUUUUUCACGAGCGAAGGAUAUCUUCCCAAUUAAUGUAAUUACAAUUCCCCGUCUCAAUCAAUAUCUUUACAUAGGGUUUAGUAUGUUGAUUUUUGUUCAAUUGGCAGAUCAGAUUUAGUACUUGAUAUAUUUAUCUUGAAAAAGUAAGGGUGCAAAAAUAGUUUUUUGUUUUUAAAUACAAAAACGACCCUAAAAUGUAUUAUGUAUGUUGUUUUUCAAGAACAAAUUUAAAAAA